UGGCCUUUCUAUGUGUCAUGUAAUUCAUUCAUAUUACUAUAUUAGUAGUUAAUUAAUUUUUAUUCUAAACGUAACGGAAAUACCGUUGUCUCAGCUCCCUCUUUCUCUCUCCUGUUGCUGUCGUUCCUCGACGAAGAAAAAAGCAAUUGAGAGAGAGAGAGUUAGAGAAAGAAGAGCUGACACUCUUGUGUAUGAAUUGUGGCUUUCACUACUCACACAAACACAAGGUUUAGAUUAAAGGAGACUACUUUUUUUUGUGAAAAGAAAAAAAUUCAGAUUGUUUUGGACAUACCCAUGUUGUCAAAAUUCUGAAUUUAAUGAUGCACAUAUCAUAAUCAUCGAGUUUGAUGUGUAAUCUACAUUUUCCUUUGAAGAAAACCCAGAUGGGGUUUUGAAAAGACUUGAUUUUUCAAGGGUUUUCGAUUGGAUUGAAUUGAAGUUUUGUCUUUUAAAAUUCUGUCAAUGGGGAUGUCCUCAGAUAAUGUUAAGGGGCUUGUGUUGGCUUUGUCUUCGAGCAUUUUUAUUGGGUCCAGCUUCAUUAUUAAGAAAAAAGGUCUUAUGAAAGCUGGGACUACUGGUACUAGAGCAGGAUCAGGAGGUCACUCAUACCUGUAUGAACCUUGGUGGUGGACUGGAAUGAUUGCAAUGAUUGUUGGGGAGAUAGCUAAUUUUGCAGCAUAUGCUUUUGCACCUGCAAUUCUUGUCACUCCUCUGGGAGCCCUUAGUAUCAUUUUCAGUUCAGUUCUAGCUCAUAUUAUCCUGAAGGAAAAGUUGCACAUAUUUGGUAUGCUUGGUUGUGUUCUAUGUGUGGUUGGGUCUACCACUAUUGUUUUACAUGCCCCUCAUGAGAAGGAUAUCGAAUCUGUUAAGCAAGUAUGGCAUCUAGCCACAGAGCCAGGUUUCCUUGUGUAUGCUGGUAUAGUUAUAGUGGUGGUUCUGGUUCUCAUUUUCUACUAUGUUCCACGUAACGGGCGUACACAUAUGAUAGUGUACAUUGGGAUUUGCUCACUCAUGGGGUCUCUUACGGUUAUGUGUGUCAAAGCUGUGAGUAUUGCCUUGAAGUUGACUUUUGGAGGAAAUAACCAGUUUAUAUACUUUCAAGCAUGGUUCUUCACCAUAGUCGUAGUUGUCUGCUGUCUCUUGCAAAUUAAUUACUUGAACAAGGCACUGGACACCUUUAACACUGCUGUCGUAUCGCCUGUCUAUUACGUCAUGUUUACUUCACUCACCAUCUUUGCAAGUAUGAUCAUGUUUAAGGACUGGGAUUCGCAGAAUGGUUCACAAAUAGCUACUGAGCUCUGUGGUUUUGUAACCAUUUUGUCUGGCACAUUUUUGCUUCACAAAACCAAGGACAUGGGAAGUACUCCUGCAGUGCCACUUCCUGCAGCUGAACUAACUAGGCAAUUUAGCGGCAACUGCAAUCACGAGCAUCCAAAGCAUUCUAGUCGCAAUCCUAGCCCGGAUCGCAAUUUUAGAGAAUAACAAGUUUGGUUUUCUGGAGAUCCAACUUAUAUUUGGCGGUCAGUUGUCUCGCAAUCUCAAUGGGACAGAUAAUACCUUGUCUCUUGGAGCUCAAAGUUUGGGUUUGAAAUGUUGAUCACAAUACAGAAUGACCAACUUUUUGGCAAGAAUGCAGACCAAUUUUCUGAUAGAAAGGGUAUAUAUUUUCAUUGCGGAAGAAUCCAAUUAUUUGUAGCGAUAUAGCCAUGCUACUCUAGGUAGAAUUUGCCCCAUUCUUUUCGCUACACAGAUUUUAGGUUGUGAAUAUGUUUCAAAACCGAGAUUUUGAAGUAGAAAGGCAGAUGAGAUGAGUAAGAAAAUUGAUGCAAUAUUUCCAGAACAACUUUCUUACUCACAUCAGUCCCUUGUUUAUGUUUCCUGAUCUAAGGUUGCAAGUGACAGUUUUUUAGACUGCAUGUUAGCUCCAUAUAUAAUAUAUUCCAUAUUUUUUUGGAUCA